GGGUCGCGGUAUAAAAGGGACUAGCGCGGCGCUGAUCGUCCCGGGUCGCCCGCAUCACAGGUAGUUCCAACAGGAGCCAGGACCAGCUACACAGACAGUUAACGUCGCCGAAGCUUGCCGAUCUGCCACCAUGCCUUUCGGAAACACUCACAAUAAGUGGAAGCUGAACUAUUCAGCAGAGCAGGAAUUCCCUGACCUCAAACAUCACAACAACCACAUGGCCAAGGCUUUGACCCUGGACAUCUACAAGCAACUGCGGGACAAGGAGACCCCCAGCGGCUUCACCCUCGAUGAUGUCAUCCAGACUGGUGUGGACAACCCAGGUCACCCCUUCAUCAUGACCGUGGGCUGCGUUGCCGGUGAUGAGGAGUCCUACGAGGUCUUCAAGGCGCUGUUCGAUCCCGUCAUUCAGGACCGCCACGGUGGCUACAAGCCAACAGACAAGCACAAGACUGACCUGAAUCAUGAAAACCUGAAGGGCGGGGAUGACCUUGACCCUAACUACGUCCUGAGCAGCCGUGUCCGCACUGGCCGCAGUAUCAAGGGCAUUGCUCUGCCACCUCACUGCAGUCGCGGGGAGAGACGCCUCGUUGAGAAGCUCUGCCUAGAAGGUCUUGCCACCCUGACUGGUGAGUUCCAGGGCAAAUACUACCCUCUCGCCACCAUGAGUGAUGCGGAGCAGCAGCAGCUGAUCGAUGACCACUUCCUCUUCGACAAACCCAUUUCUCCCCUGCUCCUUGCCUCCGGCAUGGCUCGUGACUGGCCUGAUGCUAGGGGCAUCUGGCAUAACAAUGACAAGACGUUCCUGGUCUGGGUGAACGAGGAGGACCACCUCCGCGUCAUCUCCAUGCAGAAGGGCGGCAACAUGAAGGAGGUCUUCAGACGCUUCUGCGUUGGUCUGAAUAAGAUCGAGGAGAUCUUCGUGAAGGCUGGCCGCGGCUUCAUGUGGAACGAGCACCUGGGUUACGUCCUGACCUGCCCCUCCAACCUGGGCACCGGGCUGCGUGGUGGUGUCCACGUCAAGAUCCCCCACCUGUGCAAGCACGAGAAAUUUGAAGAAGUCCUCAAGAGAACGAGGUUGCAGAAACGUGGCACUGGUGGAGUCGAUACUGCAGCUGUGGGCAGCGUCUAUGACAUCUCCAACGCCGAUCGCCUGGGCUUUUCUGAGGUGGAACAGGUCCAGAUGGUGGUGGACGGUGUGAAGCUGAUGAUCGAAAUGGAGAAGGUGCUGGAGAAGGGAAAGAGCAUCGAUAACCUGAUGCCAGCCCAGAAGUAGAUCAGCGGUGGCUGGAGGGGCUGCCACGCUGAGCUGCCUUGGCUGCGAACUUCGAACUUUGGGGUCUGUCACUCCGAUCUUUCCCGGCCACAGCUCUCGUGCCUCAGCUGAGGAUUCCAUCUCGCAGGAAGUGGGAGAUCGGUUUCAUCAUGUUAAGAUUUACUAGACACAUUUUAACCUUGAUGGCACGUUAAUAAAA